ACGCGGCGGAUGAUGUGCUGCAUGGGCCGCUCAUGCGUCCACCCGUGGUGGUGAGGAGGAGCACGUGGACGACGGAGGCGGCGGCAAGCAGGAGAGCCGCGGCGGCGAGCUCCAACCUCCAAGUAAUCUCCGUUGUCUCUGCUUCACACCGUCGUUGCCUCACGCUCCUCUCGGCAGACCUCUCCGUCGUCCUGCCGUGGCAGCAUCGCCUCUCCGCGAUUCUCGUUAUAUAGUGCGCUGCAGGUGAAGCCCUUACUCAAAGCUUCGUCAUGGCUACUCUCUCCUGUCCUCCGACGAUUGUGCGUCGCUCACUCUGUGGCGCCGCUCUGGUGCCCGGACGGUGUUCGACGAAAUGGCCGUGAGGCCAACACUGGUCCUCGGGAGAGCCGACGAUGGUAGGGGAGCCAUUCUCCCGCGUCAGCACUGCUGCCCGGAGGUUGUUCGACGUAAUGUCCGUGAGGCCAACACCGGUUCUCGCGACGUCCGACGGUGUGAGGCCAUUUUGCCACAACAAGCCUUCUUAGAAAGACAAGAGAUGGCCAAAGAAAGUUGUUGAGCGAAAGCCAAGACUCCCAAGUCACCCUCAUCUUUCCGUGGUGCAUGAAAAGAUCAACUGAGCUGCCCUUCCAGGACCAUCUGGCACGUGCAGUUUCUCCGUUGGCAAGACAAAGUCACUCUCUGCAACAUCCGGAUAUUGACUUGCAGGACGGCCAACACCAGCAGUCUGCAAUUUCUAGCCGCCUCCUGCCCUCUCCUGGACUCCCUGAUCAAUUAGCACUCUUCGAUCGGCUGCACGGUUGAAGAUGGAGCUCGCCAUAUCUGCCGUAACAGGUGAGCUCGUGAGCCGAUUCGUCUCCUUCCUCGCUGACAAGUACCGCUCUAGCCGCUGUGCACAGCCGGAAGAGAGGCUGGUGAAGAGGCUGCAGCAGCUGCUCCUGAGAGCUCGCACAGUCGUUGAGGAGGCGGAUGGGAGGUACAUCACUAACUCUGGGAUGCUGGCGCAGCUCGACGUGCUCGCGGGUGCCAUGUACCGGGGCUACUGGGUACUAGCGGCAUUCAGCUACAUGUCUCUCGAGAAGACAGAGACUACUCCCUUGGAGGAGGAUGCGGAGGUUAGCUGCUUUUCUCCUACCAAACGUCUUCGCAGGGUUCAUGGCAGUGCCAGGAACAACAAGGCCGUGUACCUUGCCGACCUGCAAGGCAUGCUGGAGAGCUUGGAGGAUGUCGUCGCCAGCAUGACGGAGUUUGUUGUUCUUUUGGGUGGGUGCGACCGUAUGCUGCCCCGACCAUACGACGCGUACCUUUACACCGGCAACAUCAUGUUCGGACGCCACACCGAGAAGCAGAAGCUCCUGAACUUUGUUCUACAGCACAGCCCUCCUGGUUGCACUCCGGCUGUUCUCCCGGUCAUCGGUGCUCCUGCGGUCGGGAAGAGGACCCUUGUCGCCCAUAUAUGCAAGGACGAGAGAGUCAGGUCACACUUCACUUCGAUUCUGCACCUGAAUGGAGAUUCCAUCUGUAGAUUAGCAGACCAUGAUCGUAGCCUCUUGUCAGGGAACACACUGGUGGUUGUUGAGGUUGUCUCAGAUGUCAGCGAGGAGGAUUGGGCCAAGUUCCACUCAACCUUGGCAAGCAUGGACAGUGGAAGCAAGGUGAUCAUCAUCAGCCGGCUUAGAAGUUCGGAGCGACUGGGAACCGUGAAGCCGAUCUUCCUCAACACCCCGUCGUAUGAGGAGUUCAGCUACCUCUUCAAGACACUCACAUUCAGGGGCGCGAACCCGGUGCAGCACCCACGGUUGGCACAGAUAGCAGACCAACUGGCCAGGGAGUUCCGAACGGAAUGGUCGCUCGUCGCCAUGAACAUAUUCGCGGAUUUGUUGGGAAGGAAUCUGGAUGUCCAUUUCUGGCGAGGCAUGCUGAGCAGGAUGAGAAGAUCUGUUGAGAGGAACCUCUCCAUGUUUGGGGAGCACCCAAGGUUGCUCAUCGAGAGACGCCACCAGGUAGACGUUACGGACUUUGUCUUGCAUCCCAACGCUUCUCCACUCUGCAUCAUGCCUUCCUGUACCAGUGGCAGCAGCCGCACUGAAGUUACGACGGAAAGGGCGUCGCUACCGAGGGUGAGGCUUGGGGAUCUGAUGAUGGAUCCUGGAGUUCGGCCACAGGGGGAUUUCAAUGUGGUUUCGUGGGAAUCAAGGUUGCCACCGUACUCCUCAUUCAUUCAUUUCGUUCCAAAUGGAAAUGGCGCUCCAGGUUUGAGGAAACAGAGUACUCCCCUGACUGGGAGGAAGCGUCCCUUUGGAAGGCCUUUUGAUUUGAACGAUUCUUGCAGGGAUCUUGUAGAGAGUUAGAAUCUCUAUUACUCCCCGGUUCAUAAUUGAAUAGAAAUUAGAUAUUUGACACAGUCUCCAAUAUGUAUAUUUAACCUUUAUCUUUAGUCUUGGAAUUUUAUAUUAUGAAAAAAGGGCAAAAUUAAUUUUUGUAGUCAAAGUUAGAAAAUGUUGAAUACAAGCCUUUCUAGGAAA